CAUAAGGCUAGUUUGUCUAGACCCACAACAAUGUUAAGACUCCUUGUUUUUGCAACGUUUAUAAGUCUUGGUCAUUUUGCUGACCAUGAUACAUUCAAGAACUGCUCUCGAGUAAAUUUUUGCAAUACUUUACGAGACCGGCAACCUUUAGAUAAAUAUGCAGUAGACGCAUCCACUCUUGUCAUUGACGACAACGGAAACGUGACAGUCACUCUAAAAGCAAAAGAAGGGUCGGAUUUACAACUAGAACUACUAGCACUAGUCGACCGAACUUUCCGACUCAGAAUAAAAGAGGUAGACUCUACGCGAUACGAACUUAAAGACGUCCUAGUGUCAGAACCACAAUUAGCUCACAUUGACAGUGUGAUGCAACAAGACAAUUACGUCACAAUUCAAGUUGGUGAAACCACAGCCCAAAUCUUCUACGACCCUUUUAUUGUCAAUUUCUACUUGGUUCAAGUCCACCAAGUAGUUAUUGAGGGUAGUAGCCUUACUUUUGACAAGUCACUGGACCAAGCUUUCGCUUUUAAUGUCAAAUUUCCUUCCGCUCUUCAAUUGUAUGGACUUCACGAACAUGCAGAUAGUUUGGCGUUACAAAACACUGGUACCAAUGGUACCGAUCCAUACAGGUUGCGUAAUUUGGACGUCGCUGGGUACGAACUCGACUCACCCAUGUCUUUGUAUGGAGCAGUACCGGUUUUGUAUGGCUGGGGGACUUAUUCGCACGCUGGUGUUUUUCUCCACAACGCAGCCGAGCAAUGGUACGACAUUACAAACGGCAAAUGGGAAACUCAAGCUAAUAUAAUGGUAGAAAGCGGAAUGUUUGAUUUGUUCGUAAUGAUUGGGCCUUCACCCGAUGAUUUGGUGCAUCGGUACCUCGGUCUCACUGGCACUUUUCGUCUACCACAGUUGUGGACUCUAGGGUACCACCAGUCGCGUUGGAGUUACAUGAGCCAAGAAGAUGUGAAAGAUGUUGUUGCCAACUUCACGACUAACAAUUUUCCUUUAGAUGUGAUCUGGCUUGAUGUUGAUUACACAGAUGGGAAAAAGUAUUUCACUUGGGACCCUAAAACGUACAGUGAUCCUGUAGAAAUGCAAAAGAAUAUUUCAGCGGCGUAUAAAAGACUUGUUGCAAUUAUUGACCCCCAUAUCAAGGUUGAGAAAGGGUAUAAUGUGUACGAUGGAGCUCUUGAAAAGGGGUAUUUUGUCAAACGGUCUAAUGGCAGCGUUUUUGAAGGUGAUUGUUGGCCGGGUUUGAGCAGUUAUGUAGAUUUUUUGAACCCGGAUGCCAGACAGUACUAUGGUAGUUUUUAUUCUUAUGAUAACUUUCCUUCGUCGACUCCGGUACUUGCCGGUAUUUGGAACGACAUGAAUGAACCUUCUGUUUUUGAUAACAGUAUUGAAAAAACUCUUCCGGGAGAUGCUCUUCAUUUUGGGGACGUUGCUCAUCGUGAUAUUCACAACAUUUAUGGCUUAUUACACACCAUGUCGACUCAUCAAGGGUUGCUAAACCGUGAUAAUGGUACUAAUCGCCCUUUUAUUCUCACACGAUCGCACUUUGCGGGUACUCAAAGGUACUCUGCUAUCUGGACUGGCGAUAACACAGCAGAUUGGGGGUACUUGAGUGUUAGCUACGACAGUUGUCUCGACGCUAAUCUUCUCGGACUGGUAUUUUGCGGUGCUGAUGUUGGUGGGUUUAGUGGGAACCCUGAUACCGAACUUUUGCAAAGAUGGUACCAAGCAGGUGCUUGGUUACCAUUCUAUCGAGCACACUCGAGUGAAGGUACAGAAAGACGUGAACCUUAUCUUUUUGAUAGUGGGGUACAGGAUGUCAUCAGGAGUGCGAUUCAACUGAGAUACAAACAUUUACCAGUGUGGUACACUUUAUUCUAUGAACAUGAAAGAAAUAGAGACCCGGUGAUAAGACCCCUUUUUUAUCAUUAUUCUUAUGAAUUGGAGACUUUUUCUCUGAGGAAUCAUCUUCUAGUAGGAAGGGAUAUUUUAGUACGAGCUGUUGCUGAACCAGGGGUGGAAACAGUAACGGUUCAUUUCCCAGGUGGUCAAUAUGAACACUGGAUGUCUCUUGAUGGUACCGAAGUGUAUGAAGGAACCACUGAUGUUGAUAUUCCGGUUGAUAUAAAAUCGAUUCCGGUUUAUUACAGAGUUGGGAGUGUGAUAGUUAGAAAAGAUACACUUAGAUUGAGUACUGAUGAAAUGAUUAAUGAUGGUUAUACGAUUUAUGCUAAUUUAGAUAGGAGAAAUCAAUCUUCAGGAACUGUAUAUUUGGACGACUUCACCAGCUAUAACUACGCCAAUAACAAACAAUACAACUAUUUGAGGAUUGAUGUCGAUGAUGUAAAUGUGUCACUAACAAAAAUCGAUGAAGAUUCAAAUCCCGAUGGUUUUGAUUUUAUUAUUGAUGAAGUUGUUGUACACAGAAUUGUACAAGAACCACAAAAUGGAAAACCGGGUCGCUAUGAAAAACAGAUUUACAGAACUGAUGCCAAUGGACAACUGCUCAAAAAAUUGAAGUUCAAAUAUGAUGAACCUAUUUAUAUAAAUCUUGGAUUGUAGUUUGUUUUGUUUUAUUAAUAAAUAGAUUUACUCUG